AUGUCUGACUUUUUUAAGACCUUCAACAAGAUCUUGGGUCAACGGCAACGCACUACUAUGGCUUAUCGAACUCAGGCUAAUGGAUCCGCAGGGCGUAUGGUCCAGACAACUACCAGGGCUAUCAAGAUGUAUGUGCAGGAUCUGGAUCAACGGGACUGGGAUGAAUAUGCCGAACGGCUCACCUUCGCGAUCAAUACUGCAAGAGAUCGGAUCCGAGGUGAAACCCCUUUCUACAUGAUACAUGAAUCCACUUUGGAAGCGGGUGAUCCCGGUGGGGAGCACUCGCAGGCAUGA